AUGUCAAAACCGAAAUUCCUCUUUGUUCUUACCUCUCAGGGUAUCCUUCCCACUCGCCAAACACCGACAGGAUGGUAUUUGCCCGAACUCGUUGAUCCCUACAACAGAAUUAGCCUCCUAUUUGACAUCGUUAUUGCAUCCCCUAAUGGUGGCGAGGCGCCCCUCGAUCCGUUCUCGAUUGAGUCUACCCGCGAAGAUCCAGAGUGCGUGGCGUUCCUCAAGAAGAACAGUAGUGUCUGGAAGCAUACACUGAAGCUGGAGUCCCUGCUGGGCAAUUCUUCGGGAUUUGCGGGGAUCUUCUACGUUGGUGGCCAUGGCCCUAUGUUUGACCUUGCCAAUGAUGAAGUAUCUCAUGCCCUCAUCCGGGAGUUCUACGAGGCUGGCAAAGUGGUUUCUGCUGUGUGCCAUGGUCCUGCUGCUCUAGUUAACGUGAAAAUGGCCGAUGGAAGCUACCUGAUUGCGGGACAAGAAGUCACCGGCCUAUCUGAUACGGAAGAGGACAUCAUGCAAUUCACCAAUGAUAUGCCGUUCCUUCUAGAGACUGAGCUCCGAAAGAAUGGUGGAGUCUACGUCAAGGCCGAUAGUCCCUUUGGAGUCAAGGUUGUAACUAGCGGUAAGGGCGGGAAGUUGGUUACGGGACAAAACCCCCCAAGCGCAGCUGUGAUCGGCGACGCGUUGAUCAAAGCAACCGGAUUGUGA